UAUUUGUUUUCCUUUAGUUUUUUUUUUUGUUUAAUGAAAAAACUUAGCCUAAAAAUAAUUAUGAUUUUCCAACUUCCCUACACUCAUUCUUAACCUGUUCCAUCAAUGUAGAAGCACCUGGGCUCUUCAAAUAUUAUUUGAAAACAUAUAGAAUUUUAUUUUGUGUACUCUUUAAUGGCAGAAUUAUAUGAUUCAAAGGGAUUCAAUUGAAUUCUUUUGUUAGUAAAUUAUACCACGUAAAUGAGAGUCGCAUGAUCCAACGGGAUCUAGUUGGAUCUUCUAUCAGAAAAUCACAUCGCAAAAAUAAGGUUUGUAUAUAUUCCUCACUUGUAACAUUUCUAGAUUUUUUUUGAAUCUCCUUGUAAAAAUUCUUGCCGCACGCUAUUGUUGUGAAGCGUAAUUCUUCAAGGAAGAAUAAGCAUGAUAUGUCAUAAAUAUAAAUUGCAAAAUAAGGUUUAUUUAAACCCUGUUCGUAGCAUUUUUGGGUUUGAAUAUCAAAUCUCCUUGUAAAAAUUCCUGAUACCGUGCAAGAUGAGGCUAACCAUCGGCAUAAUAUUGGUUGUUUUGCUCAUGACAAGUUGUGUAAAUAGCUAUGUUGGCAUCACUUAUGGGAGACAACAAUCACAACAAUUGGUUCCAUCAAUGGUUGUUGAUAUGCUUUUACAAAACAAGAUUUCAGCAGUGAGAUUCAUGACUUCAGCCUCUGAUAUAAUUCAAAUUUUUGCAGCCACUAAUAUUAGUACUACUAUUCGCCUUACAAAUAGAAUGACAAAUAAUAUAAAUAAGAAACACCUUGCUGUUGCUUGGCUAAAUGAAAAAAUCAAGGUACCUGCCAACAAAGGUGUCAAGAUAGUGGGACUAGCAGUUGGGGCUGAGCCAUUUUCAAAUACAUUCUUGAAUGAUAUACCAAAGUUUGAUGCGGUGGCCUCGAUAUCAUUGAUGCGAGAAGUUCUCGAUGAGAUGGAUUUUAGGCAUGUCAUAACAACAACCGCCCAUGGCGUGGACGUCUUUAAUGUCUCGAAAGUCCCCUCUGAAACAGGCUUCCGCGACGACGUAAAAGGAGUGAUGCUCAAAUUGCUAGAGUUCUACAACAAAACUGGUGCACCUUUUGUUGUGAACAUGUUCCCCCUCCAUAUUGUUAGGGAUGUACUGAAUUGCCCCAUAGAAUUCACGUUUUUCGAUAACAUGAGCAAUCUCACUAUAACAGAUGGCAACGCUACGUACACGAAUGCAGUAGAACUAAUAUACGAUUCUGUUGUAUCAGCAAUAACCAACGCGGGAUAUUCAACUAUGAAAAUUGUGAUUGGUGAAAUUGGAUGGCCUACGGAUGGAUAUCCAUAUGCCAAUAUUAAAAAUGCAGAAAGAUUUUACAAGGGGUUAUUGAAAUUUAUAGCAUCAGAAAAAGGGACACCACUUAGGCCAGGAUCUAUUGACAUAUAUCUUCACAGUUUAUCAGAUGAGAAUAAGUUUGGGAGGAUGUAUGGUGCAUUUCAAAGGCAUUGGGGAAUUUAUGAGGCAGAUGGAAAUCCAAAGUACAAGAUUGAUUUCACAUUACAGGACCGUGACGAAUAUCCCUAUAAAGCAAAGGGCAUUGUGUCAAUGCCACGUCGAUGGUGCAUGUUCAAUGGAGACACAAGUAACUUGGAAUUGGUGAGGAAGAAUUUUAAUUUUGCAUGUGGCAUAACAGACUGUACGCCAUUGGAAGAAGGAGGUUCGUGUGGUGGACUCAGUGAAGAGUCUAAAUUUUCUUAUGCUUUUAAUGGAUGUUAUCAAAGGCAAAGACAAGUUAAACAAGCUUGUGAUUUCGAUGGUUUAGGUAUAAUUACAACAGAAAAUCCCUCUCAAGACAAGUGUGAAUUUGCCGUUGAGGUAUUGGCAUUGGAAGAUCAUCUAACUGCAAAUACUGAGAUACUAUUAAAAGUUUGACUUUGGCAUGGUGACAUAUUAUGUAUAAUGAUCGAUUCAAAGUAGAUUUGUGAACGAAUGAACUGUUGGACAAAAAGAAGCAAUUAUUGUGAUAUCUUAAAUGAUUUACAUUACAGUUA